CCAAAUUUGGGACUUUCGUAAGCUAAACUUAUCCAAGCGGCGCCUACUCCACCCCCAAAUUAUUCGAUCGACAAUUUCCGUGCCCGUCGCAACGCAUCACUCUCUCUCGAUCGACCUGCUGUUACCCUUCUUUCCUCUCUGUAUUGCUAAGAAGCCACAUCAAUUAGCCCGUGUUUCUUUCUACCAAAGGAGAUGACGUUGAAAUGGAAGCAAGACGGAGGAACCGAGGAAGGAGGAAGAAGAUAGAUAGGGUUGAUAUUCUCAUCAAAGAAAAUAAUAAAAGAACCUUCCGUUAAGUGCAGUUGACGGAGUUCCGAACUCCAUAAACCAAUCAGCCACACACAGGGUGGAGUUGAAACGUAUUCUUUGUUGCCAACUCGGCGGCCACGUGUAGAAAUUGUGGCCAAACAGGAUUCCAAAGCGUAAAGGGGGAUAUUCCUCUUCCUCCCUUUUCUACUCUUCACACGCUAUUCCUUUCCACCGAAGGUCCGGAGCUCGGAAGUUCAGAUAUUUCUCACUGUGGUCACUGCCGACUUCGGUCCGUCGUUACCAUUGCCUUCCAUCGUUUUCCGGUUACAUUGCCGCCGAGUUUACUGCCACUCCAUCUUCUAACUCAUUUUCUCGUUCUCUCGCUCUUCCUCUCUCUAGAAAUCCUACAAGUGUUUACUCUUUCCAUAGCAGGUGGUGUCAUCCUAUUUUUGUCCCUCUUCUCCACCGACGGCAAUAGUUCCAGAAGAAGCGAAGAACUGUCUUGACAACUUCUGUAAGGAAUGGCAAAUGGUUGUCGAAUUUCACAACACUUGACGGGUUGCAACCUAGGGUUUUACUCAAGAAUUCAAAUUUGCUCUUAUGUGGCUGGAAGAAAUUCCAUCUCAUCUUCUCUAAGACCUUUUGGAAGGAUAUGUGAGAAACACUUGCAAAGAUGUUUGAGUUCUAGCCAUGCUUCAGGAGAUAACAUUGGUUGCUUGCAAGCUAGAGUACCUGGUGAAGCUUCAUCUCUAUCUGACUAUUUCAGUCAGCAGGAAGAUGAUCGGGAUCUUCCUUCCGAAGGAUCAUCCUCUUUGACAGGAGGUAUAGUAGCUUUGGGAAAGUUUGAUGCUCUUCAUGUUGGUCACCGAGAACUUGCAAUUCAAGCAGCAAAGGCUGGCAUUCCUUUUCUUUUAUCAUUUGUAGGGAUCGCAGAAGUACUUGGUUGGGAACCGAGGGCUCCUAUAGUUGCUAAAUGUGACCGUAAGCGGGUUCUUUCAACUUGGGCCCCACAUUGUGGUAAUGUAGCCCCGGCUGAGUUGUAUGUUGAGUUUUCAACUGUUCGGCAUCUCACUCCGCGCCAGUUUGUUGAAAAGCUAGCGAAGGAGUUUGGAGUACGUGGGGUUGUUGCAGGUGAAAAUUACAGAUUUGGAUAUAAAGCCGCAGGUGAUGCAUCUGAGUUGGUAAGGCUUUGUGAAGAGUAUGGAAUGAGAGCUUACAUUGUGAGUUCUGUUAUGGACAAGAAUCAGUGCUUCACAAAUAAAGGCUCCAUUGAUUCGAAUGACAAAGGACAAGUAUCAUCAACUCGUGUUCGCCUUGCUCUUGCUGAAGGCAAUAUGAAAUAUGUUUCCGACCUUUUGGGGCGCAAACACCGUCUCAUGUUGCAGGUGACAGACCAAGAAGGAUUUGUCAUCAGGGGUAAACGGAUUACAGCCCUCCGGUCUUGUUUGUUGAACCUACCACCAAAGGAUGGUUUAUAUGAGAGCUGCUCUCUUGUGGUUAAUGAUGAUAUUCUAGUACCAUGCAGAACGAUCAUCGACACGACCCAUAUACAAGUGGAAUCAGAUGAGAAAAGUGCUUGGACAAAGGUUCUUCAAGACUGCAGAUUUGUUGGCAUCGAAUUUGAAUGAUUGAAUUAACUCACGAAAUCAUAAUUAAAUUUUGGUAUAAUAGUUCUUGGAAGAGAAGUUGCGUUUGUUCCCACAAUAUAUUGGGAAGUCAUGCUGCAGGAAGGGGUUAGUUAAUUAUUUUCUGUACUAUUUUUCCUCUUUUCUUUUAAAUAACAAUUGUAGAAAGAACUGCCCAAGGCAUGCAUAGUUUACACAUAAAUAUAGUUUUUUUUUAUAUUA